AUGCUGGUGGCGUUAUGUGGACACUUAGUCAAGUCUCAGGUUGAUUCUGAUGGUACAGUUACUGCAGAAGAACAGAUCUAUCUUCUUCUGGACGCUAAAAUGCAUUGUGAACAUAACAUCUCAGCACAGCUACAAGAAGAAGGAGAAGGAAGUUGUGUGCCUGAGUGGGAUGGUUUGGUUUGCUGGCCUAAAGGAACACCAGGGAAAAUCCUUGCAGUUGCUUGUCCUCAUUAUGUGUAUGACUUUAAUCACAGAGGAAUGGUAUUCAGGAUGUGCAAUACCAAUGGAACAUGGGAUGUCUUGCACAGUAUAAACAAGACCAUUUCCAACUAUUCUGAAUGUAUUCGUUUUUUGGAACCUGAAAUGACUCAUGGAAAAAGAGAGUUCUUUGAUCGCCUUUAUGUCAUGUACACAGUGGGAUAUUCCAUAUCAUUUUGCUCCUUGGCAAUUGCAAUUUUUAUUAUUGGUUAUUUCAGGAGACUGCACUGUACAAGAAACUAUAUUCAUAUGCAUCUGUUUGUUUCAUUCAUGCUGAGAGCUGCAAGCAUCUUCAUUAAGGAUAAAGUAGUUCACAAGCAUAUAGGAGCAAAGGAAUUAGAUGCAAUGCUUAUGGGUGACCUUAGAAGUAUAAUGGUUGCUCCAGUCCUGGACAAAUCUCAAUACAUUGGAUGUAAAAUUGCUGUAGUAAUGUUUAUUUACUUCCUGGCAACAAACUACUAUUGGAUCCUAGUUGAAGGACUGUAUCUACACAGCCUGAUUUUUGUGGCCUUCUUUUCCGAUACCAAAUAUUUAUGGGGGUUCACUUUUAUUGGCUGGGGGUUUCCAGCUGUUUUUGUUGUGGUGUGGGCGGUGGUGCGUGCAACUCUAGCAGAUGCAAGAUGUUGGGAACUUAGUGCUGGAGACAUAAAAUGGAUUUAUCAAGCACCGAUUUUAGCAGCUAUUGGGUUAAAUUUCAUCCUAUUUCUGAACACAGUGCGGGUAUUGGCAACUAAAAUCUGGGAAUCAAAUUCAGUUGGAUAUGACACCAGGAGACAAUACAGAAAAUUGGCUAAAUCAACAAUGGUUCUCAUUCUGGUCUUUGGUGUUCACUACAUUGUAUUUGUGUGCUUGCCGCACACAUUUACAGGCUUAGCCUGGGAAAUUCGAAUGCACUUUGAACUGUUCUUCAACUCAUUUCAGGGAUUUUUUGUCUCAAUAAUCUAUUGUUACUGCAAUGGUGAGGUGCAGACCGAAAUUAAGAAAACGUGGACAAGAUGGAAUCUUGCAUUUGACUGGAAAAGCACAACACAUUGUAGUAACUUCAGGUAUGGCUCUGUCCUAACUAAUAUAACGCACAGCACUAGCAGCCAGUCUCAAAUGGUAACCAGCUCUCGUAUGGUAUUGAUCUCCAGCAAAGUGAGUCGAAGUGUCAACAAACAGGUCGAUGGACACAUGAAUUUACCUGGAUAUGUUAGAAGCAACUCAGACCAAGACUGCUUGCCCCAGUGGAUCCAAGAAGAAGCCAAUGAAGAAAAGCAAGUCGAUGAUAUAUCUUUAAAGGAAACAAUAAGACCAGUGCAAAUGAGUACUGAAGCAGAGGUCAACAGAAGUGAAAUAGAAGAAACAUUGUAAUUAGUGGCUUGAUUAAGGAAUGUUUUUGACAUCAAAUAUAAAACGGGUAGACUUUAUUUUGUACUUGCCUAUUACAAGACUACUAUACAAGGCUAAAUAGCCGUACAAUUCACCUGUGAAAUGUAAUUGGUAAGAACUCUGCAGGUUUAUUAAAGUGUGUAAAUGCAGUUAAAAAGCACAAUGAGACUGACCAGAUAACAGUUUAAGGCAGAUAUUCAAAGGCUACAGAUCUGUCCAGCCUCAGGCACUUACAGGAUUAUUCACUAAUAUCUGAAUUUUAGCAACUUAAAUAUAUAUUGCUCAAAGUGUGACUGUAGCUGAGAUAAAGAAUUGUUGACUAAAUGUUGCAAUUAGAAUUUAAUUUACUACAAUUUGGAGUUUAGUGAACA